CGGUAUGUACAUUAUGUUACAUUGUGUUACGUUAUGUUACAUUGUGUUACGUUGUGUUACAUUGUAUUAUGGUAUGUUACAUUAUGUCACUUCAUGUUAUGUUGUAUUACGGUAUGUUACAUUUUGUCACUUCAUGUUACAUUGUAUUGCGGUAUGUUACAUUGUGUUAUGUUAUGUUACGUUGUAUUACGUUGUGUUACGUUAUGUUAAGUUGUAUUACGCUGUAUUACGUUGUGUUACGUUAUGUUACAUUGUAUUACGGUAUGUACAUUUUGUCACUUCAUGUUACGUUGUAUUACGUUAUGUUACAUUAUGUCAUUUGAUAACUGUGAAAGAGCUAAUGUCAGGAUCUCAGUACGUAGUUGGUCCUAAUCUUAUUAAUACUGGUGUGAUUAUUAUCAGACCGUGUGUUUGAACCCUCUGAGAGCAUCAUGAGUCGCUCACAGCUUUAAUUUUAGUUUGUUUCUAUAAUUACACAUCGGAGCUGUUUUACUCUCAUCAUGACAGAAAUGUGAUCUCAGCAGAGAUGAAGAUGAUGACGAUGGAGAUAUUUUCAGUCUAUAACUUGUAUAGAAGCAUCUGACCGUGGCUCUGUCAGAGAGACGUAACGUAGAUUAUAUUUCUGACUUUAUAUCUUUAUAAAGUCUUAAUAAACUCCAGUUAGACAUCAUGACAUCACUAUGACAUCAUCCGGAGCACUGAUGACAGACUGAACUUUAAUUUCCCAAAAUGGUGAACUGUUCCUUUAACUGUUCCUUUAAUUUUAAAUGAGUGCAGCCGAUAAAAAUGAUAAUUCAUGUUUUUAUCAUUCAGUUUAUAAGAACAGUGAAAAGGUGUUUUUUUCUGAUCUGAUUGGCGGACGUCAGAUGACGUCAUGUUUUCUCUUUACACCAGUUUAUCCCCCCCUCUCUCUCCGGUUUGGAUCCUCUAAAAAUACCCGGAGGUGUCACCGGGGCUGUGGAUCCCAGGGCCCUGCUGAGGUGGUGGGAGGUCCAGAGUGUGUGUGUGUGGGGGGGUCCGGAGGCCUGGCCACGCCCCCUGGCCCUGCCGCCACCCAAUGAGCCUUGGCCCCCGUAUCUCCGUCGGAUUAGAGGAUGCCCGGCUCUCCUUGUAUAUGGCCAUGGAGGGGGCAUUCCUGGGAGUCCGGCAGAGUGACGACGAGCUUUUUAAACCUCUGGUCCACUUCUCCUCGAGCCGUAGUCCCGACUCUCUGCAGGCCGCCGUCUGCGCGUCUUGACCCGGACUCAGGAGCGAGUGUGUCCGGAGGAGGAGCGCGUCUCUCCUGAUUCUCCUGGUUCCUUCCGUCACUCCUUAUUCCUCCCGGAAGAUUAACGGACUCUGGAUCUGCUCUCGGACCGGAGCGCACGUUUCCACUCAAACUUUGGUGAAGUGUGAAACUCAGCAGGCUGUGCGCUCCUCUUCCUCCUCUUCUUCUUUUCUCUCUUUUCUUUAUUUUCUUCUCUUCCCACCCGGCUCUAUAAGAAGGAGAGGUGGCGGCACCAUGAUGAGUAACAGCGGCUACUUGGAGCCGCAGCUGCCGCCGCAGUUCUACCAGAGCACCGCGGACCUCGGCGAGGAGGAGGAGGAGAUGCCGGCCACCGAGAAGGACCUGGCCGAGGACGCUCCUUGGAAGAAGAUCCAGCAGAACACCUUCACCAGGUGGUGCAACGAGCACCUGAAGGUCCUCAACAAGCGGAUCAACGACCUGCAGAAGGACCUGAGCGACGGGCUGAAGCUCAUCGGGCUGCUGGAGGUUCUGAGCCAGAAAAAGAUGUUCAGGAAGUAUCACUCCAGACCCAACUUCAGGCAGAUGAAGCUGGAGAACGUAUCCGUGGCUCUGGAGUUCCUGGAGAGGGAACACAUCCGACUGGUCUCCAUCGACUCUAAGGCCAUCGUGGACGGGAACCUGAAGCUGAUCCUGGGUCUGAUCUGGACCCUGAUCCUGCACUACUCCAUCUCCAUGCCCAUGUGGGAGGACGAGGACGACGAGGACGCCAAGAAGCUGACCCCCAAACAGCGCCUGCUGGGCUGGAUCCAGAACAAGGUGCCCCAGCUCCCCAUCACCAACUUCCACCGGGACUGGAGGGACGGCAAGGCACUGGGAGCCCUGGUGGACAACUGUGCCCCUGGUCUGUGUCCAGACUGGGAGAACUGGGACCCCAGUCAGCCAGUGGAGAACGCCAGAGAGGCCAUGCAGCAGGCGGACGACUGGCUCGGAGUUCCUCAGGUGAUCGCUCCGGAGGAGAUCGUGGAUCCCAACGUGGACGAGCACUCGGUGAUGACCUACCUGUCCCAGUUCCCCAAAUCCAAACUGAAGCCCGGGGCCCCCUUAAGGGCCAAGACACUGCACCCGAAAAGGGCCAAGGCCUACGGACCAGGUCUGGAGCCUCGAGGGAACGUGGUCCUGAAACCAGCAGAGUUCCUGGUGGAGACGGUGGAGGCCGGACUGGGCGAAGUUCUGGUCUACGUGGAGGAUCCAGAGGGACACACGGAGGAGGCCCGAGUGAUCCCCAACAACGACCAGAACAGAAGCUACUCGGUGGUCUACCUGCCCAAAGUGGAGGGUCUCCAUAAAGUGAAGGUGCUGUUUGCUGGGCAGGACAUCGACAGAAGUCCCUUCAUGGUAAACAUUUCCAAGGCGAUGGGCGACCCGACAAGAGUUCAGGCCCGUGGGCCGGGACUGCAGCAGGCGGGGAACGUGGCCAACAAACCCACGUACUUUGAUAUUUACACUGCAGGGGCCGGUGCCGGAGACGUGGGCGUCAUCAUUGUGGAUUCGAACGGCCGGAGGGACACAGUGGAGAUUGUGUUGGAGAACAAAGGGGACAGUAUUUUCCGCUGCACCUAUGUUCCCGUCCUGGAGGGACCUCACACCGUCUACGUGACCUUUGCUGGGCAGCAGAUUCCCAGAAGCCCUUUCACCAUCCACAUCUCAGAGGUUUCACAGAGCGCCCCUCCUCCCGGGUCUCCGGUGCAGGUUGCACCUCACUCCGCACGCACCCCACCCUCAGACCAGACCAGGAGGGCCCCCCCUCCAACACCGCCCAAACCCAGGCGACCAACCUGUAACCCUAAUGCCUGCCGGGCGUCGGGUCGAGGUCUGCAGCUGAAGGGUCUGAGGGUGAAGGAAGUGGGCGAUUUUAAAGUCCACACUAAAGGAGCUGGCAGCGGAGAGCUCAAAGUCACCGUGAAGGGACCAAAGGGUCUGGAGGAGCCAGUGAAGGUUCUGGAGAUGGACAACGGGGUGUUUGAGUGUAACUAUUACCCCAUCGUGACGGGGAAGUACGUGGUCACCAUCACCUGGGGAGGACACGGCAUCCCACGCAGUCCGUUCGAGGUCCAGGUGAGUGAGGAGGCGGGGCCUCAGAAGGUGAGGGCCUGGGGUCCAGGUCUGGAGACCAGUAUGGUGGGAAAGAGCGCCGACUUUGUGGUGGAGGCCAUCGGCACGGAGGUGGGAACACUCGGGUUCUCUAUCGAGGGUCCGUCUCAGGCGAAGAUUGAGUGCGACGAUAAAGGCGACGGGUCGUGUGACGUUCGGUACUGGCCGACCGAACCGGGUGACUACGCCGUGCACGUGAUCUGUGACGACGAGGACAUCAAGGACAGUCCCUUCAUGGCUCACGUCCUCCCCGCCGCCAACGACGUCUUCCCAGAAAACGUGAGAUGUUUCGGUCCGGGUCUGGAGCCGCUGGGCUGCAUCGUCAACAAACCCGCCAACUUCACCAUCGACGCCCAGGGAGCCGGCAGAGGAGAGCUGAAGCUCUACGCUCAGGACGCAGAAGGUUUCCCCAUCGACAUCCAGAUCUCAGAGAACGGAGACAGCAGCUUCCUCUGUGUUUACGUUCCAACCAAACCCAUCAAACACACCAUCAUCAUCACCUUUGGGGAGGUCAACGUUCCCAGCAGCCCCUUCAGGGUGACGAUAGGAGAAGGCAGCCAUCCAGAGAACGUGAAGGUUUACGGUCCAGGUGUGGAGAAGACGGGCCUGAAGGCCAACGAGCCCACGUACUUCACUGUGGACUGCAGCGAGGCCGGACAGGGUGACGUCAGCAUCGGGAUCAAGUGUGCUCCGGGUGUGGUCGGUCCCGCGGAGGCCGACAUCGACUUCGACAUCAUCAAGAACGACAACGACACGUUCACGGUGAAGUACACGCCUCCGGGUUCCGGUCAGUACACCAUCAUGGUGCUGUUCGCCGAUCAGGAAAUCCCCAUCAGCCCCUUCAGAAUAAAGGUGGAUCCUUCCCAUGAUGCAGCUAAAGUCAGAGCAGAAGGACCCGGACUCAGCAAGACAGGAGUUGAAGUGGGGAAACCGACCCACUUCACCAUCUACACGAAGGGAGCCGGUAAAGCCCAACCCGAGGUCCAUUUCACCGGAUCGGCCAAAGGUGACACGGUCCGAGACUUCGAGAUCAUCGACAACCACGACUACUCGUACACGGUCCGCUACACCGCCGUCCAGCAGGGGAUCACGACCGUCACCGUGUGUCACGGAGGAGACCCCAUCCCCAAGAGCCCCUUCAACAUCAGCGUGGCCCCCCCGCUGGACCUCAACAAGGUCAAGGUUCAGGGUUUGAACAACAAGGUGGAUGUCGGGAAGGACGAGGAGUUCACCGUCAGCACUCGUGAGGCCGGAGGUCAGGGACGACUGGAGGUCAAGAUCACCUCGCCAUCACGCCGACCGAUCCCCUGCAAGAUGGAGUCCGGCACGGCCAACGAGGUGCACAUGGUGAAGUACAUCCCAAACGAGGAAGGACAGUACCGAGUGGACAUCGGCUACGACGGGAAUCCCGUACCAGGAAGUCCAUUCAGCGUGGAGGGCAUCAUGCCGCCGGACCCCUCGAAGGUCCGAGCCUACGGUCCAGGUCUUCAGGGUGGCAUUGUGGGUAAACUGGCCCCCUUUGCAAUCGACACAAAGGGAGCCGGUACUGGCGGUCUGGGCUUGACUGUGGAGGGACCCUGCGAGGCGAAGAUCGAAUGCCAGGACAACGGUGACGGAUCCUGCUCCGUGUCCUACCUGCCCACGGAGCCUGGCGAGUACGCCAUCAACAUCCUGUUUGCGGACCAGCACAUCCCCGGGUCCCCCUUCAAGGCCGCGGUCCAGGCGGAGUUCGACACCAACAAGGUGACGGCCAGCGGGCCGGGCCUGGAGAGAGGGAAGGUCAACGAGGACGGAUCCUUCACGGUGGACUGCUCCAAAGCCGGAGAGGCCGAGCUCACCAUCGAGAUCGUCUCGGAGUCCGGAGCCAAAGCCGAAGUCCACGUCCAGAACAACGGCGACGGGACAUACUCCAUCACCUACAUCCCACAGGUCCACGGCACGUACACCAUCACCAUCAAGUACGGAGGACUCACGGUGCCCGGGUUCCCCGCCGGACUACAGGUGGACCCGGCUGUGGACACCAGCGGGGUGAAGGUCCACGGACCGGGAGUGGAACCCAGAGGCAUCCUGAGGGAAGUGACCACCCACUUCCUCGUGGACGCCCGGGCGCACUGCAAGAGCGGCGGCAGUCUCGUCAAAGCCGUCAUCUCCAACCCGUCAGGCGUCAACACGGACGCCUAUGUCACCGACAAAGGAGACGGGACCUACAGGGUGGAGUACACGGCCUACGAGGACGGUCUGCAUCUGAUUGUGGUCUUGUUUGAUGAGGUCUCGGUGCCGAAGAGUCCGUUCAGGGUGUCUGUGACGGAGGGUUGUGACCCCAGUCGAGUCCGAGCCUACGGUCCGGGUCUGGAGGAAGGCCUGGUUAACAAACCGAACCGCUUCACCGUCGAGACCAGAGGUGCUGGCACCGGAGGUCUUGGUCUGGCCAUUGAGGGUCCAUCUGAGGCGAAGAUGUCCUGUAAGGACAACAAAGAUGGCAGCUGCAGCGUGGAGUACAUCCCCUUUACUCCUGGAGAGUACGAUGUCAACAUCACCUUCGGAGGCCUUCCUAUCCCAGGGAGCCCGUUUCGGGUCCCAGUGCGAGAGCUGGUGGAUCCCAGUAAAGUCAAGUGUUCAGGUCCCGGACUGGGAAGUGGAGUCCGAGCCCACGUCCCUCAGACCUUCACUGUGGACAGCAGUAAGGCCGGGGAGGCCCCCCUGGAGGUCCAGCUGUACGGGCCCACAGGUGUGACCGAGCCGAUCAGCGUCACCGAUAAUGGAGACGGUUCUCACACCGUCAUCUACACUCUCUCCGCCGACGGCCCGUACACGGUCUGUGUGAAGUACGCCGACCAGGAGGUCCCUCGCAGUCCUUUUAAGAUCAAGACGUUACCGGCUCACGAUGCAAGUAAAGUCCGAGCCAGCGGUCCGGGUCUGAAUGCAUCCGGAGUUCCAGCCAGUCUGCCGGUGGAGUUCACCAUCGAUGCCAGAGAUGCCGGAGAGGGACUGCUCACCAUUCAGAUCCUGGAUCCGGAGGGGAAACCCAAGAAGGCGAACAUCCGGGACAACCGAGACGGGACGUACACGGUGUCCUACGUCCCCGACAUGACGGGACGCUACACCAUCACCAUCAAGUACGGAGGAGACGAGAUCCCGUACUCUCCGUACCGCAUCCACGCGCUGCCCGCCGGGGACGCCAGCAAGUGUCUGGUCACAGUGUCGAUCGGAGGACACGGACUGGGAUCAGGUAUCGGCCCGACCAUCCAGAUCGGAGAGGAGACGGUCAUCACUGUGGACGCAAAGGCUGCUGGGAAAGGUAAAGUCACCUGUAAGGUGUCGACCCCCGACGGGGCGGAGCUGGAUGUGGACGUGGUGGAGAACGCCGACGGGACCUUCGAUAUCUACUACACGGCUCCAGAACCCGGGAAGUACGUCAUCACCAUCCGGUUCGGGGGGGAGAACAUUCCCAACAGCCCGUUCCACGUGGUGGUGAGUGAUACCGUCCCAGUAAUAGAGGAGCCAUGUGAUCAGCUUCAGUUACAGCAGCCCUUCACUCCCUAUGUGGGCUUCUCCCCUCACUGGGCCACCGAUGAUCCCAUCAGCUCCGUGGACGGGAUGGAUCCGGUGCUCCGCCCCUUCAGUCUGGUCAUUCCUUUCACGGUGCAGAAAGGAGAAAUCACCGGUGAAGUGCGAAUGCCGUCUGGUCGGACCGCGUGUCCUCACAUCACCGACAACAAGGACGGCACCGUCACUGUGAAAUACUCCCCGACAGAACGAGGCCUGCACGAGAUGGACAUCAAAUACGAAGGGAACCACAUCCCAGGAAGUCCACUCCAGUUCUACGUGGACGCCGUUAACAGCGGUCAUGUGACGGCGUACGGUCCCGGUCUGAGUCAUGGCACCGUGAACCGACCGGCCACCUUCACCAUCGUCACUAAAGACGCUGGAGAAGGUGGUCUGUCUCUGGCUGUGGAGGGUCCGUCUAAAGCAGAGAUCAGCUGUAAAGACAACAAAGACGGGACCUGCACCGUGUCCUACCUGCCCACUGUACCCGGAGACUAUAACAUCAUCGUCAAGUUCGAUGACAAGCACAUCCCCGGCAGCCCGUUCACCGCCAAGAUCACCGGUGACGAAUCCAUGAGGAUGUCUCAGCUUAACGUCGGCACGGCAACAGAUGUUUCCUUGAAGAUCACGGAGACGGACCUGAGCAGCCUGACGGCGAGCAUCAGGGCACCGUCUGGAAACGAGGAGCCGUGUCUGCUGAAGAGGCUUCCCAACAGACACAUUGGGAUCUCAUUCACGCCAAAGGAAGUAGGCGAACACGUGGUGAGCGUGAAGAAGAGCGGGAAACACGUGACCAACAGCCCCUUUAAGAUCAUGGUGGGUCAGUCGGAGAUCGGAGACGCCAGUAAGGUGAAGGUCUACGGUCAGGGUCUGGUGGAAGGCCACACCUUGGAGGUGGCCGAGUUCAUCGUGGACACCAGGAACGCAGGUUAUGGAGGUCUGGGUUUGUCCAUCGAGGGUCCCAGUAAAGUGGACAUUAACUGUGAGGACGUGGAGGACGGGACCUGUAAAGUCACCUACUGUCCAACCGAACCUGGAAAUUACAUCAUCAACAUCAAGUUCGCCGACCAACACGUCCCAGGAAGUCCGUUCACGGUGAAGGUGUUGGGUGAAGGCCGGAUGAAGGAGAGCAUCACCAGGAGGCGUCAGGCUCCGUCCAUCGCUACAGUCGGCAGCACCUGUGACCUCAACCUCAAGAUACCAGGGAACUGGUUCCACAUGGUCUCGGCUCAGGAGCGCCUGACCCGGACCUUCACCCGCAGCAGCCACACCUACACCCGGACAGAGCGGACGGAGAUCAGUAAGACCCAAGCCGGAGAGACUAAGAGGGAGGUCCGUGUGGAGGAGAGCACCCAGGUGGGGGACCCCUUCAGGGACGUGUUCGGGGACUUCCUGGGACGGGAGAGUCUGAGUGGGUUCAGUGGGACCAGACCGCCACCGCUGCAGGACGGUGAGACGGGUAACCAGGAGAUGGAGGCUCAGGUUCUGAGUCCAGGAGGCCAGACGGAGGAGGCUGAGAUCAUUAAAGGAGAGAACAGCUCCUACAGCGUCCGGUUCGUCCCUCAGGAGAUGGGAGCUCACACGGUGAACGUUAAGUACCGAGGCCAGCACGUUCCUGGGAGCCCCUUCCAGUUCACUGUGGGGCCCCUGGGGGAGGGAGGGGCCCACAAGGUCCGAGCAGGAGGCACUGGGCUGGACCGAGGAGUGGCCGGGAUCCCAGCUGAGUUCAGUAUCUGGACCAGAGAGGCCGGAGCAGGAGGUCUGUCCAUCGCCGUAGAGGGACCCAGUAAGGCCGAGAUCAUGUUUGAAGACCGGAAGGACGGAUCCUGUGGAGUCGUCUACGUGGUCCAGGAGCCUGGGGACUACGAGGUUUCCAUCAAGUUCAACGACGAACACAUCCCUGACUCUCCGUUCAUCGUCCCCGUCGCCACUCUGUCCGACGACGCCCGCCGCCUCUCCAUCACCAGCCUGCAGGAGACGGGUCUGAAAGUCGGGCAGGAGGCCUCGUUUGCUGUCCAGCUCAACGGAGCCAGAGGGCUGAUCGAUGCUAAGAUCCACACUCCCUCCGGAGCCGUAGAGGAGUGUUCCAUCACCGAGCUGGAGAGUGACCAGCAUGCCAUCAGGUUCAUCCCGAGAGAAAACGGAGUUCAUUCUAUCGACGUUCGUUUCAACGGCAGCCACGUCCCCGGCAGUCCCUUCAAGAUCCGAGUGGGAGAACCAGGACAGGUGGGAGAUCCCGGCAUGGUGUCGGCCUUCGGACCGGGACUGGAGGGAGGAACCACAGGUGUGGUGUCAGAGUUCAGUGUGAACAUUUGUAACGCCGGAUCAGGAGCUCUGGCUGUGACCAUUGACGGACCGUCCAAGGUCAAGAUGGACUGUCAGGAGAGUCCAGAGGGCUACAAGGUCUCCUACACACCCAUGGCUCCUGGGAGCUACCUGAUCUCCAUCAAGUAUGGAGGACCCCAGCACAUCGUAGGGAGUCCCUUCAAGGCCAAAGUCUCAGGGCCUCGUCUGUCCGGCGGACACAGUCUGCACGAGAUGUCCUCUGUUCUCGUCGAAACCGUCUCCAAGACGUCGGCGAUGGGCGGGGCCUACGGCUCUUUACCCAAGUUCUCCUCGGACGCCAGUAAAGUGGUCUCCAGAGGUUCUGGUCUGUCCAAGGCCUUCGUGGGCCAGAAGAACGCGUUCACGGUCGACUGCAGCCAAGCAGGCACCAACAUGCUGAUGGUGGGCGUCCAUGGGCCGAAGACGCCCUGCGAGGAGGUCUACGUCAAACACAUGGGCAACAGGAUGUACAACGUCAACUACACCGUUAAGGAGCAAGGUAGCUACAUCCUCAUCGUCAAGUGGGGGGACGACAACAUCCCCGGAAGUCCUUUCCACUUCACCGUCCCUUAAAGACUUAACUCUCUUCACUUCUAAGUCCGUCCCUCAUCAUCAUCCUCAUCCUCCUCCUCAUCCUGAAGAUGCCCAGACUUUUGUUUCCAAAAGUUCUCCUUCAACAUUUUGGGGCGACCAUGGCUCACUGGGUUAAGAGGGUUGUCUGGUAACUGCAAGGUCAACGGUUCGAUCCUGGGACGUGUAGAAGUGUACCUGUAUAGUAAAAUAAAUUGAAUUAAAAAACGUUUUGCACAAACAGCUUCAGACGUAGGACUCAGUGAUGUUUCCUCUGUUAUAGAGAAGGUAACAUGUUGAACAUGAACACAACCUACGCAGCCGGAGCUUAGAACCGCCUCGAGAUAUUAGCAUGUUAGCAUGAGACUCUACUCAGUUAAAUUAAGAUAUUCAGUUAAAAUGACAGACGAUGGAUCUUGUUUUUGCAUAUUUUCAAAAUAAAUCACCUUCAGGACUUCAAGAGAUUAAAAAUCUAAAAUGAGUUGAUCUUUAAUGAGACUAGUUCUAUUGAUCAGAUGGAUUCAAACAUUAAACCACUGAGCACAUCUUUGUGACUUUAUUUAUUCUCUCCUGGUGUUAUUGAUGAGGAGGAGCAGGUGAUGAGAAAGAUCUUAGACAGGUUGUUUUUUACCACAGGAAGUCGUGCGGUGGAACAAUCGGUUUAUUUUGUGAUUGUUGAAAGAAAACACAGAGUGAUAUUUUAUAGAGAUUCUUUUUGUAUGCAUAAAAAAUGGAUGAAUGAAUUUUAACUGUUUGAUAUGUUAACCGUCAAUCUGGCAACAUUGUGCAGGCAUAAUAAAGGUUUACUCGCU